GCAUCGCGUGUUAGUGCCGCGCAGUUAAUAAUCAAGGUUUUCAGUAUUACUUGAUUAAAAAACAAUUAUAAUAGUGAUUAUAAACAUUGAAUAGUGUAGUUUAUCAGUUUAGUUUAAAUACAAAUACUUUAUUCAUACAAAAUGGAAUCUAGGGAUGGUAAACGUAAGAAGGACAGAAACAGUGAUGAUGAAGACAGGCGGAGGGAAAAGAAGACAAAAAGGGCACGAUCGAGAUCCAGGUCACCAGCUGAGCACCGUGAGAGGGAUUCCAGAAGGAAGCGUAGACAUUCCAGGUCAGUGUCACCCGACGGGCCUGUGAAACAAGAAAAACGGUCAGACAAACAGCAGGAGCCCGAAGUAACGAAAGAAAUACCACAACGUCGCGUCAAGGAAACAGAUAUGUUGAAUACACGGACAGGAGGUGCUUAUAUACCUCCUGCACGUCUCAGGAUGAUGCAGGCUCAAAUAACAGACAAAUCAUCAGUGGCAUAUCAAAGGUUAGCUUGGGAAGCCUUGAAGAAGUCGAUACACGGCCACAUCAACAAAAUCAAUGUUGGAAAUAUUGGUAUUAUUAUUAAAGAGUUGUUGAAAGAGAACAUAGUUCGUGGAAGAGGUUUGUUGUGCCGGUCUGUGAUACAAGCACAAGCUGCUUCACCUACAUUCACUAAUGUGUACGCUGCACUGGUUGCAGCUGUCAACUCCCGUUUUCCUAACAUCGGAGAGUUGCUUCUAAAGAGGUUAAUGAUUCAAUUCAAAAGAGGUUUCAAGCGCAAUGACAAACCUAUUUGUAUAUCUUCAGCUUCAUUCAUAGCUCAUUUAGUGAACCAGAGAGUAGCACAUGAGAUCCUUGCAUUAGAAUUGUUAACUUUAUUGGUAGAGACUCCUACUGAUGACUCAGUAGAAGUGGCCAUUGCUUUCCUGAAGGAAUGUGGACAGAAACUGACUGAAGUGUCUUCUAAGGGUGUGAAUGCAAUAUUUGAAAUGUUAAGGAAUAUUCUCCAUGAAGGACAGUUAGAUAAGAGAGUGCAAUACAUGAUAGAAGUCAUGUUCCAAGUGUGGAAGGAUGGGUUCAAAGACCAUCCAGCUUUGAUUGAGGAGUUGGAGCUGGUGCCCGAGGAGGAGCAGUUCACUCAUCUCAUGAUGCUAGAUGAAGCCACAGACCCACAGGAUAUCCUGAAUGUUUUCAAGUUUGAUGACAAGUAUGAAGAAAAUGAACAGAAGUAUAAAACACUGAGCAAAGAGAUUCUUGGAUCAGAUGCUGAGUCUGGUGAAGAGGAUGGUUCUGGAGAGAGUGGCAGUGAGGAAUCGGACGAAGAUGAAGAAGAAGAGGGACAAAAACCAGUUACCAUCAUUGACAACACGGAAACAAACCUCAUAGCUUUACGAAGAACUAUUUACUUAACUAUCAACUCCAGUUUAGACUUUGAGGAGUGUGCCCAUAAGCUGAUGAAGAUGCAACUGAAGCCAGGCCAAGAAGUGGAGCUCUGUCACAUGUUCCUGGACUGCUGUGCAGAACAGAGGACUUAUGAGAAGUUCUAUGGACUUCUAGCACAACGGUUUUGUAAUAUAAACAGGAUGUAUAUUGGUCCUUUUGAGGAAAUAUUCAAAGAUUCCUAUGGUACAGCCCACAGGUUGGACACAAAUAGGCUAAGGAAUGUUAGCAAGUUCUUUGCGCAUUUGUUGUUUACGGAUUCUAUUAGUUGGGAGGUAUUGGAAUGUGUGAAGUUAAAUGAGGAGGACACAACCAGUUCUAGUCGCAUUUAUAUCAAGAUUUUGUUCCAAGAAUUGGCAGAGUAUAUGGGACUGAAGAAACUAAAUGAUCGCCUCAAGGACCCGACCCUGCAGACUGCGUUCUCGGGUAUCUUCCCUCGUGAUAAUCCCAAGAACACAAGGUUCUCCAUCAACUUCUUCACUUCCAUAGGUCUUGGAGGAUUGACAGAUGAGCUGAGAGAGCAUUUGAAACAGUUGCCUAAGAAUGUACCUGCACCAAUACCAGAUAUAACUCUGGGUAGUGACUCCAGCUCGGAUUCCAGUUCGGACUCUUCUAGUUCCAGUAGUUCCGACUCCUCAUCAUCCAGCGACAGUUCAAGUGAAUCCGAGUCAGAGAAAACUAGUAAAAAGAAAAAGGAAAAGAAAUCUAAAAAGGAUAAAAGCAAAGAUAAAGUACCUAAAACGCCUGAACCCGAACCCGAGCCACCUGUUGAAAGGUGGGGACAUGAUGGUUUCUACGACACCUACGGCAAAGGCGCUAAAAGAAUGGAAAAUAGAAAUAACCAACGUCAAGAUAGAGACAACUUUAUAAGACCUCGGGACGCUAGGAGAAAUGACGACAGAAUAGAUCAUAGAAAUGGAGAUAAUAAACGCAGAAGGUAUGAUGGAAAUGAACAAAAUGAUCGUGACAACAGGCGCCACGAGGAUAGAGGCGAUCGAGAUGAUGAUAGGAGACCAACCCAUGAACGGUAUUGGAAUAGUGAAAGACCACGAGAUGAUGACAGACAAAAUGGAGAUGAUAGGGAACGUAACGACGAUGAUAGAAACCGCAGAGACGAGAGGCCACAAAAAGAUAAAAAACGAAGCCGAAGAGAUGAUAGAGAACGUCAAAAUGAAGAGAGAGAUGAUAAGAGAAGCAAUGAUGAUGAUAGGACAAAAGAUGAUAGAAGAGAGCGUAGAGACGAAGAUCAAAGGAUACAAAACGAAGAAAGAAGCCGCAAGAAUGACAGGCAACAGAGAGACGAGGCCAAAGGUCGCAGGGAUGACGGUGAGGAGAGGAACCGUAAGGAAGAUGAAAGAGAAUUAAAAAAUCGUAGGGAUGACGAUAGAGGUCGAAGAGAUGAUGACAGGGCAGGAAGAGAUGAUGACAGGCGACAAAGAGAUGACGACAGGCGACAAAGAGAUGAUGUUAGAGAACGAAAAGAUGAUGGUAAAGAACUUAGGGAUGAUGAUAGAGGACGCAGAGAUGAUGACAAGGUACAAAGAAAUUACGGAAGGGGACGAAGAGAUGAGGAUAAAGAACGUAGGGAUAACAACAGGGAACGCAGGGAUGAUGAUAGAGAACGCAAAGAUGAUCACAGGGCACGACGAGACGAUGAAAGAGUACAACGAGAUGAUGAAAGGGUACAAAGAGAUGAUAGUAGGGGACAAAAAGAUGAAGAACGUAGAAAUAACUAUAAAGAACCUAGAGAUGAUGAAAGAGAACGCAAGGAUAAUGAUAGGGGACGAAGAAAUGACGAUAGACAACGUAAGGACGAUGAUAGGGCACGUAGAAAUGAAGAUAGAGAACAAAGAAACAUCGACAAAGAAAUGCCAAAUGAUGAUCCUAGCCGUAACUAUGAUAAAGAACAAAGAAAUGACAAAAGAAUUCGCAGAGAUGAAAGAGAUGAACAUAGAGGACGUCAAGAGGAUGAAAAAGAACGUAGGGAGGAAGAUAAAAGAUAUCAGGAGGACGAUAGGCGUAGAGACUAUGAGAGAAGCCGUAAAGAUUAUGAUAAAGGAAGGAGAGAUGAUAACAAUGAUAGACUACGAAGAGAAGAGAAACAUUACGAUGAUAGAGUGCGUGGAGACGAAGAUGAAGCUCCUAGAAAGAGUAAAAAAGACAAACAAAAUAGAGAUGACGACACAAGAAGUAAAAAGAAAGAAUUAGAAGAACAAAACGAACAGGAUAACCUCAGAGAAGUCGACAAGCGAAAAAAGGAUAAACAUAACGAUAGACAAAAAGACAGUCGCGAUGAAGACGAAUCUAGAACUAAAAGAAAAGAUAACAGCCAAAGAUAUCAAAAUGGAGACCAACAAAUUGAAGAUAAAAUUAAUAGUAUCAAAGAUGAAAAUGUAGAACAUAGAUCAAAGAAAAAACAAAUUAAGAAAAGAGAUAAAAGUAGUAAAAAACAUGAAGAAAGCAGCAGUGAAGAGGAAAUACCUGAUAAAAAAAGUAAAAAGAAACAGUCAAAGGAUAAAAAGAAAAAGCCAGCGAGUGAAUCUGAAGAUUCCUCAUCAUCAUCAUCCUCUGAUUCGUCGUCAUCAUCUUCGACGUCUAGUUCAUCAUCGUCAUCAUCGGAUGACGAAAAUGAUAAAAAAGUGUCUAACAGAUACUGGGAUACUUUAGAUGUCAUGUCUAAAUCUGAUUCACAGAAAGCUAUUCGCGUUAAAAAACGUUCUUAGCGUUGAAUACUUGCGUAUGCGCAGCGAUGAAUAUAAAAUAUCCAUCACGUAACAUGGCGAGAUUUUGUCGUGAAGCGAAUGAGUUCGCGCUUUGUGUAUUUAUUUUCGAAAUUAUUUUUCACUUUCAACACUCUUUUUUUUAUUUCUUGGUAUCAUUCAUCAUCUUAUUUUAGAUGAGGACCAUAAAGUAAGGAGAAAAUCUUGCUAUGUUACGUGCAAAGGAACAUAUUACCUAAUAUGUUUUUGGACUGAAUUUUAUGUAGGCACUGACAUUGCAUGGUGUAGUCAAAGGCUUGUGUCGUGUCGCCAUAAGUAAGUGCACUGAUGAAUGUUAUAAUACAUAUUUGUUGAUAAUCUUAGCAAAAUAAAUAAAUAUUUUAAAAUAUA